UAGAAUCACACUCUUUCAAUUGCCUUUUAACAUAUUUUCCCUCUCUUCUCUUAGAAAAAAAAUAAGAGUAUAUAAUAGUAGAAGAAGAAGAAGCAAAAAAUCUGGAGAAAAUUUGAACAAAAAUGGCAGAACCAGAAGAAAAAAUUACUUCAAAAUAUCUGCCAACAAAGUCAAAGGAGUUUUCUCCUCCUCCUCCACCGCAACAAUCACCGUACACGGCGGCGGCGAGAGAAUCAACGACGAUGAUGAUGGAUCUCGAUCUCGAUAUCGACGCUUCCUGGUCGUUUGAUCAGAUUUUCGCUGCGGCAGCAGCUGUUUCGUCUAAUCCUGCCUCGCCAUUUCUUCCUUGUUCUCCUCUUUGGGCAUUUUCCGAUGAUAUUGACGAAAAACCUGCCGGAAAUUCAUUCUCCGGUGCUCUCCGUCUCUCCAGUCACCCUAGAUUUGGUGCUACUUAUACUGAUGAUCCCGAGGCUACAACUGAAACUGUCUCUGUCAACGCUGAUAAAGGACGACUUCCUUCACCAAUUUUGGAGCUAGCACCUAGAGAUUAUCCAAAUGGGUCUUGUAUAAUCAAGGAGAGGAUGACACAAGCACUCCGAUACUUCAAGGAAUCGACGGGAGAGCGAGUUUUAGCUCAGGUUUGGGCACCUGUAAAGGACGCAGGUCGGUAUGUACUGACAACUUCAGGACAGCCCUUUGUUCUUGAUCCAGAUUGUAAUGGGCUUCAUCAGUAUCGAACAGUUUCUCUGAUGUAUAUGUUUGCUGCGGAUGGAGAGACUGGUGGAGUUCUUGGACUUCCGGGCCGUGUCUUUCGCCUGAAGUUGCCUGAAUGGACACCAAACGUGCAAUAUUACUCCAGUAAAGAGUUCCCUCGUCUUGAUCAUGCUCUGCAUUACAAUGUUCGAGGAACUUUAGCGCUGCCUGUAUUUGAACCAUCUGGACAAUCUUGUCUUGGUGUACUGGAGCUCAUAAUGACCUCCCAGAAGAUUAACUAUGCUGCUGAGGUGGAUAAAGUAUGCAAAGCACUCGAGACUGUGAAUUUGAAAAGUUCGGAGAUAUUGGACCACCCAAACACUCAGGUAUAUGUGAUGGGGUAUAUGAACCAGAUUUGCAAUGAAGGCCGGCAGAAUGCAUUGGUUGAAAUCUUGGAGAUACUAACUGCGGUAUGUGAAACUUACCAAUUGCCUCUGGCUCAGACAUGGGUUCCGUGCAGGCAUCGCAGUGUUCUGGCUGAUGGCGGUGGGUUGAAAAAGAGCUGUAGUAGCUUUGAUGGAAGCUGCAUGGGACAGAUCUGUAUGUCCACAACGGACGUAGCAUUUUAUGUGGUUGAUGCUCACAUGUGGGGUUUCCGUGAGGCCUGUGCAGAACAUCACUUGCAAAAGGGACAGGGAGUUGCUGGACGAGCAUAUGCUUCACAGAAAUCAUGCUUUUGUGAAGAUAUUACACAAUUUUGCAAAACUGAGUAUCCCUUGGUACAUUAUGCGCGCUUGUUCGGGUUGACCAGUUGUUUUGCAAUCUGCUUACGGAGCAGUCACACCGGCAAUGAUGAUUAUAUUCUGGAAUUUUUUCUACCACCGAACUCGGGGGAUUACAGCGAUCAGCAGGCUUUGCUUAACUCGCUCUUAUUGACAAUGAAGCAGCACUUCAGGAGUCUCAGCAUUGCUUCUGGAGAGGAACUUGAGCAUGACUGGAGCUCAGUUGAGAUAAUUAAGGCUUCCAUGGAAGAGAAAAUAGAUGCGAAGCCUGAAUCUGUACCAGCACCGAAAUCUCUUCCUCAGCCUACUCGUUUACCAAAUGGACGGACACAUCUUGAUCCAUUGGGAGAGCAGCAGUUUUCAGUGGAAUCUGAUGUUGCAAAGGGUGCAGGGAGCAAAAGUGGCACAGGUGAAGCCCCUAACCACAUAUCCCCCUCUGACAAUAAACCGACGGGAAAGAAAUCAGAGAGAAAACGUGGAAAAGCUGAGAAAACAAUAAGCUUAGAGGUUUUGCAACAGUAUUUUGCUGGAAGUCUUAAGGAUGCUGCUAAGAGUCUUGGUGUUUGCCCUACCACAAUGAAACGCAUUUGUAGGCAGCAUGGAAUCUCUAGAUGGCCAUCUCGCAAGAUAAAUAAGGUCAACCGUUCACUUUCAAAGCUAAAGUGUGUAAUUGAAUCCGUUCAAGGAACUGAAGGUGCAUUUACUCUUACCUCACUGGCACCAAAUUCCCUUCCUACUGCUGUUGGGUCUAUUUCUUGGCCUGCUUGUGCUAGUGGUUCCAAUCUACCAAGUUCACCAUUAUCUAAACCUUCAGUAUUUCAUGAGGAGAAGAAUGAGUUCUCCAACCAUGGAACACCAGAAAGUCAUGAAGAAGCUGAACCCUCAAAUCAAAUGCUAGGAGGAAGGGUAACCAGGAAGGAGGAAUUCAUUCCGCAGAAUGGUUCUCUGCGUGCUGAAGGCUCACAUAAGUCCAGAACUGGGAGUGUAUCAAGAGAAGAGAGCGCAGGGACACCUACAUCCCAGGGUUCAUGCCAAGGCAGUCCUUCCGCUGGAAAUGAAUUCUCCCCUCAGAACGACCUGGUUAAUUCACCAGCACAUGAGGCAUGCAUGAAAGUGGGAGGCUCUCUGGAAGCAGCUCAUCAAACCACAACAGAAAAUAACUUAGCCGCUGCAUUCCUAAUACCUAGGCCUUUUAUUCCAGAACGUGCUCAGGAGCCGUUUGGGGGAAUGCUUGUCGAGGAUGCAGGCAGCUCUCAUGAUCUGAGAAAUCUUUGUCCAGCUGGAGACGCUCUGGUUGAUGAAUGUGUCCCAGAAUACGGUUUGCAAAACCCACCAUUUUCUGAUAAAAUUGCCAAGGACCCUGUUUAUGUUCCUGCUGACACGCUGCCACAGUAUUCUGCCUGGCCUGAAGUGACAUUCGUUACAAUAAAAGCAGCAUAUAGGGAAGAUAUCAUAAGAUUUCGGCUUUGUUUAAAUUCUGGUAUAGUUAAGUUGAACGAAGAAGUAGCAAAGAGGCUCAAGUUAGAGCUGGGAACGUUCGACAUCAAGUAUCGAGAUGAUGAUCUCGAGUUAGUUUCAAUUUCUUGUGAUGCAGAUUUGCAGGAAUAUGUCGAUAUCUCAUUAUCAUCUGGUAGCAGUAUUGUCAGGUUGUUAGUUCAUGAUAUUAUGUCCAACCUAGGGAGCUCAUGUGAGAGCUCAGGUAAAUGAUAAUAAGAAUUAGGCUGUAAAUACAUAAAAUUAGUCAAACCAUUCUUGUAAUACUAGGAUCUUGUCCAUAAUAUGUGUAAAUUUUGAUUGACAUAUUGUCUAAAAUUGUAACAAGCUUCCAAUUGUAUCAAUCCUCUGAGGAAAUUAGUUGUUUUUUUUU